CCAUUUUCGCUGCAGGAUUGACUGAGGCUGCAUCUUCUACUGGUUCAUCUCUUCGUCUGCCAUCAUCAGGCGCCAACGCUGUUUUCUUGUGGUGUCACAGUUGUUAUAAUUAUCGCACCGUUCGUUAUUGGUGUCGUGCGUCUCACCAUGUGGAAACUGUUUGAUACUCCGCUCGAACUACGCGUGACAACAGGUUGGUGGAUGUGCGCCUAGCAACGGUGGAUUACUGCUGCGAUGCUCAGCGAACCGUUCUUGGAUACAUUAUUGGAUCACUGUGAAGCCCUCAGAACUUAAGGAUGGGAGUCAGCGUUAAAGUGCGGAAGCUACUUCCUUUGGUCUCUGUGACAUCAUUCUUCUUAUCAGCGGUAGCCGCUCUUGUUCCAUUCCUAACACUCCAGUUACGAUCUUUGGGAUUGUCGGACGAAGAAGUCGUCAUCAUCCACACGGCUGCCGCCUUCUGCAGUUCCCUUGGCCCUGUCAUCCUAGGACUCCUAGCGGAAAAGUGGUCCAAAUACAGGGGUGCACUGUUUGUUUCCAUCUUUUUCGCAGGCAUUGGUUAUGUCGCGCUUCUUGUAAUCCCUAAGAUAGUUCGCGUUCCACGGACUCCCCUCGUGGAAUUCGACUGCCCUUCAGGUUUGUACCUAGAAAGGUGUCCAGACUGGGACUCGUGCUCGGGAUCACGCCUUAACCCAAAAGGCAUUGCCACAUUCCGCCUAGCCAACUGCCAGUACAACUGUCCGCAAGAUGGAGCUCACAACACUUCUGCGAUUCAACCCAUUCACUUCUGUUUUCAAAGUCAUGAGGGAAACGUGUGUGUCUUUCACGAAGCCGGAAGUAAGGAGAACUCAACGGUGGAAUUUAGGGCAAGCUUCCUCGCGGCGACAGCGAGGACGUUAUACGGCGUUAAAGCCAAUGAGUUUCGGGAAUACGCUGGACGGAAGGGCGCAGACCAGGAUGCCGUGAUUGACGUUUGUAGUUUCGAUCUUCUGGCACCAAUCCUUGUCAACCAGAAGCAGUUUUCAGACUAUAUAUGUAGGCCACAUCCGGAAAAUUGUUUCAUUCGUUGCUCCGUGACUAUAGCAGAUGCCCUUGGACGACAAAUGCAUUCUGCACCGUGCGUGGGGGUACAGGCUGACCCCCGACUGACAUUCUGGGCUGCUCUUGGUGUGAGACUGUUUGCAGACUUUUGGGCAAUCAGUGCAUUCUACCUGUUAGAAGCCGUUACCAUUCUCAGCAUCAAUGAUUUCAAUGGUCUCUACGGGAAGAUCAAGCUAUGGGCUGCGUUCGGCAUGACUCUGUUCUCUGCUAUCGCUGGAUUGUUGGUAGAUUACUAUAGCUCGAUUGCGGGAACGACCGACUAUAGCCCAGCUGUACUGCUUUUUGCUGGGUUGGCCCUGAUAGCUUGUGCUCUUAUUCUGUCUUUGCCUUCCAUGGAUGAAAAGAAGCUGAACUUGACCAAUAGCUAUGCUUACACCCUGACUCCUGAGCCGCGUUUCUGUUCAUUGGACAUGACGUUUCUUGUCAUUUUGGUACUACUACUCGGUUGCAUAUGGGGAUACCUGGAGAUGUACCUGCAUUGGAUAUACGUGGACAUGGGCGGCAAUAACCUUCUCAUCGGCCUAUCCAUAGCUAUUCCCAUGGGUUGCUCUGCGCCCUUCAUAGCCAUAGCCAAGAGCUUGGUUCGGAAUAUUGGUCGGGCUAACUUGCUGGUGUUUGCCUUCAUGUUCUAUGCCACACGGACAGCUGGCUUGUCGUACGUGACUGCGCGUUGGUGGACGAUGCCUUUUGAAGCGAUGGAAGCAUUCACAUUGCCUGUGCUGUGGGUCGCCUUGGUAUCCUAUGGGCAGAAGCUCGUGUCCACAAGGCAGAGAUUGACUAUCCAGUGCCUGCUGAUCGUCUUGCACUUUUGUAUAGGUCGUGGUGCUGGCAGCAUAUCGGGAUACUUCCUAAAUGACGCCUUCGGCUAUCGGGCUACGUUCAGAGGCAUCGCAGUGGUUUCGGCUAGUGCGGGAAUUCUUUACCUCUUCCUCUACCACACGUGCAUCCGAAGAAUGCGAAGAAGAGCAAGUCGCAAGCGAGCAUCGAUGCCGGCAACAAUCAAUGGCGGCUGGUACCCGAUGCAGAAUUCACGGGCUAACGGCGACACUCCGGCACAUAGGCCAAUGAUGAGGGAUCAAGACGAUUCUGAUACUGGAGGCUUUGAAGAUGGCGUCAGUGGAAGAAACAGCUGGAACAAGAGAGACUACCACGCCAUGAAAUAACUAGGCUUUGUCAGACGGCAUCCGACCGAGUAGGUGCAGUGGCUGGCUGACAUAAGCUGGUAUCAUCCUGGCCUACGGGUGCCUGCCAUGUGUGCAUGUCAGUGAACAGAACAAACGAAAGUGACCGUGAAUCUCCCAAUGUCAUGCAGGACGCAUAGGUGCUGCGCGUCGGCCUUCAACGAAGAGUUCUAUGUUGGACAAAGCGACAAUAUUCACAGGAAACUAUUGUGCAGUGAGAAUGUUCAUACAUAUCAUCUGAUGCAACUAGGUCCGUAACUACGUGUCAACGAGGUGCUUUCCUGGUUGUGUUGCGAGUAAUGAACACUCGGUGGUUUCACGAAGAGAAACUUCUGACACACUGGACAACGUCUGCCGUCCUCGGUAGCUCAGUCGUUAACGUGCUGGCUUGCUGAGCUCGCGGGUUCGAUCCCGGCCGAGGGCGGUAACAGUGUGGGGGGAGGUAAACAUUGUUUCCAGCACCGUGUGUCGGAGAUUUCCGGCGCACGUCAAAAGAACCCCAGGUGGUCGAAAUUAUCCGCAGUCCUACCCUGCGGCACGUGCAACAUGUCGCCACACUAUAGGCAGACAAACCUUACGUGUAACAUCACGGUACCAUUCUUUGGACGUCUAGCAGGACUACUCGCUUACAGUAGUACGGGGUCGCACAACUCAUCACUAUGCAUAGUAGCAGAGAACAAUGUUUGAUAUACCUUAUAAACAGAAGGGGGGAAAGAUGACGCGGUGAGCGCCGUGUUCGAGGCAUUGUGGAUCUGGACGUGAAGAAUUCUGCAAAAUACACACGAACUUCACAUGUACUUUUAGGAAAGUGUUUUGUACAAAUAAUAUAUCAUUGUUGUCGUCAACUGUAUUACUUACAAAGUAUUCCAACAUUUAUGCUCUCCAUAGUACGUUUUUUAUUCCUAACUUCACGAGGUACAUAGGAAAGUAACGCUUUCGCUCCUCCUUAUUGUUCCACUACUUACUGCGAUGUUUCACAUGCGGACGGCUUUCUACGAUAAACUAGCUCUAGAAUUAAUGGACAGCCUCUGAAUAAGUGAACCACAUGUGCGAAUCAGUGGCACAUCACCAGUGAGGUUUUCAUUUCUCCCUUUUCUUGUUCACCCCUCAUUUCUUAUUCUUUACCAAUGGAUAGCAAGUCGACCUUGCGUCUGACUGACUUUUCCCAGUUUUUCGAAUAAACAUAUACCCCCUCC